AUGAAGAAUACGGUUUCCGAUAUUUUUACGAAACCAAGCUUUUGGGAAUGCGAUAGUUGUAAUCGUAUUCUUAAACAUGGUGAAUUUCGUUUCAAUUGCAUCGUUUGUCCAGAUUAUGAUCAAUGUGAAACAUGUACCGCCACAAUACAACCACCACAUCACCAUCGGAUGGUUCGCGAAAUUGCGUAUGGUUAUGUUGAAGAAGCAGAAUGCACUAGAGUAGAUCUUGCAGCAAGAAUUCUCGCUGCAGUUACCACCUAUCAGGAUCGUUAUUGCAUGGGUGUACGUGAUGUUGAUCCAAAUAAUCCUAACAACUAUGUAGAUUCGUAUUCGUGGCAAACAUUCAAAACUAUCGGCGAACGAAUAAUUAAUUUCAGUCAUGGACUACGACAUUUGAUAAAACCACGUGCUUAUCUCGGCAUUUGUGCAGCAAAUCGACCUGAGUGGUUAGUGACUGAUUUUGCGUGUAUUUUACAGAGUUUUAUUAGUGUGCCAAUCUAUUGCCUGUUUAAUGAUCGUGAAAUGGCUUUUAUUAUCAAAAAUACACCAAUAUCCAUUAUUGUUUGUGACAAAGUAAUGUUGUCAAGAUUCAUUCAUUUACAUUCAGACUGCCCAUCAUUACGACAUAUUGUAUGCAUGGAUCCAAUUCCUGAGACAAUGUCGAGUAAGAUAAAAAUUCAUUUUUAG